CUUACAGAUAUUGUACCAAAUGGAAUAAUUUUAACUGAUGGAUUGUGUUCAGUGGGUAAUGGGAUUAUGGGAACGGGGGCGGAUGUGGGUUAGUUCAGUUAAAAGCAAAGAUCAUCUUCUUCUUCCUAACAUCACCACUCUUCCCGUUUCAGCAUUUUACCCUUUGUUAGUGGAUUUCAACCCUCCAUUAAAAUUUGUUCUCACUAUUCAAUUUUUGUGUGUGUAUAUAUAGAGUCUAAUUCCUCGACAUAUUCCACUGGUAGGAGAGUAGUCUUUUUGAGUUUUCUCUCUCCUCUUUAUUUCAGAUCAUUCUUUUUUUAUCUUCUUAUCUGCAAUCUUGUGAUUUUGGACAAAGAAAUAAGAUAUGGGUUCAUAUAGAAAUACCAGAAAUAGAGUUCUGCUAAGUCUUUUUCUUCUUGUUUUUCUUGAAGUGAUUAGCCCAUCAGUUUCAUCGGAGUUGUACGUGGUGUAUAUGGGAAGCAAAGGUAGUGAUGACCCAGAUGAGAUUUUCAGGGCAAACCACCAAAUGCUUACUGCUGUCCAUAAGGGAAGCGAUGAAGAAGCCAGGGCUUCUCAUGUUUAUAGUUACAGACAUGGUUUCAGAGGAUUUGCAGCCAAGUUGUCUGAAGAACAAGCCUCUGAAGUGGCUAAAAUGCCAGGAGUGAUAUCAGUUUUUCCCAACAAAAGGAGGACGCUACACACUACUCAUUCAUGGGAUUUCAUGGGCUUAAUUGGUGAAGAAACUAUGGAAAUCCCAGGUUAUUCCACCAAGAAUCAAGUUAAUGUCAUCAUUGGCUUUAUUGAUACAGGAAUUUGGCCAGAGUCCCCAAGUUUUAGUGAUGUCAACAUGCCUCCAGUGCCAACUGGAUGGAAGGGACAUUGCCAAUCAGGGGAAGCAUUCAACUCUUCAACUUGCAACAGGUCAAAAACAGAAAGUGAUUGGUGCAAGAUAUUAUCUCAAUGGCUAUGCAGCUGAGGAAGAAUUGGGGAAUACCGUAUCGUUCAAAUCUCCGAGGGACAGCUCUGGUCACGGCAGUCACACAGCUUCAACUGCUGCUGGUCGUUAUGUCAAUAAUAUGAAUUAUAAGGGGUUGGCAUCUGGCGGAGCUCGAGGAGGGGCACAAAAGGCUAGGAUUGCAGUAUAUAAGACUUGCUGGAGCUCUGGUUGCUAUGAUGCUGACUUGUUGGCUGCAUUUGAUGACGCCAUUAGAGAUGGAGUGCAUAUCAUGUCCGUGUCUUUGGGUCCCGAUGCUCCCCAGGGAGAUUAUUUCAGUGAUGCCAUUUCUGUGGGAUCAUUCCAUGCUGUUAGCCACGGAAUAGUGGUUGUUGCUUCAGUUGGAAAUGAAGGAAGUUCAGGUUCUGCUACAAAUCUUGCUCCUUGGAUGAUCACUGUUGCUGCUAGUUCAACUGAUAGGGAGUUCAUAUCCGACAUCAUACUUGGAAACAGAGCUCACUUUUCGGGUGAAAGUCUGAGUCUACUUAAGGUGAACACCUUGACAAAGAUCAUCUCUGCUUCUGAAGCUUAUGGUGGGUACUUCACUCCUUAUCAAUCCAGUUAUUGCUUGGAUAGUUCUUUGAAUAUCACAAAGGUGAGAGGUAAUGUUCUAGUAUGCCUGCAUGCUGGGAGCUCAGCAGAGUCGAAGCUGGCAAAAAGUGCGGUAGUAAAAGAAGCUGGAGGAGUUGGGAUGGUUCUUAUAGAUGAAACAGAUAGAGAUGUCGCCAUUCCUUUCGUAAUCCCAGCAGCAAUUGUUGGCAAAAAAAUAGGACAUAGGAUCCUAACUUACAUAAAUAAUACAAGCAAUCCUACAUCAAGGAUUUUAUCUGCCAGGACUGUAUUCGGAUUCCAAGCUGCUCCUCGUGUUACACAAUUUUCUUCCAAAGGUCCCAGUAUCUUAACCCCUGAAAUUCUCAAGCCCGACGUCACAGCACCUGGAUUGAAUAUCCUGGCAGCAUGGUCACCGGCAACUAACAAAGUGAAGUUCAACGUACUCUCUGGAACUUCCAUGGCUUGUCCACACGUAACAGGAAUUGUAGCCUUGAUAAAAGCCGUGCAUCCAUCUUGGUCUCCAUCUGCAAUCAAAUCAGCCAUUAUGACAACUGCUACUGUAUUAGACAAGCAUCGGAAACCUAUUACAUCAGGCCCAGAUGGACGAAGAGCGAAUGCUUUUGAUUUAGGUUCUGGCUUUCUGAACCCAAGGAAAGUUCUUGAUCCUGGUCUCAUAUAUGAUGCAGCACCCACAGAUUAUAAAGCCUUUCUUUGUUCAAUUGGUUAUGAUGAGCAAUCAGUGCAUUUGAUCACAGGAGACAACAGCACUUGUAAUCAAUCUUUUGCAACGGCAUCUGAACUCAAUUAUCCAUCCCUCACAGUACCAAAUCUGAGGAAGUCUAUUUCAAUCACUCGUACAGUGACAAAUGUCGGGAGGCCAAGGAGCAUUUACAAAUCUGUCGUGUUUACUCCAACGGGGAUCAAUGUCACUGUAAUACCCAAGCGACUGAUCUUCAAUAGGUAUGGGCAGAAGAUCAACUUCACUAUAAAUUUCAAGGUGACUGCUCCAUCAAAAGAUUAUGUUUUCGGAUCCUUGUCAUGGAGAAGUAACAAGUCUCGGGUAACCACCCCACUGGUUGUACGGGUUGCCAGGUCCAGGUCUGGGUCCGGAUUAAUGAUAUAAGCAACAUUACACCCUGAGGUAUAUGAUCUUGGAGUACUAAAAUGGGGACACAGAUAGAAGAACACGAGAACGAAUGUGCAAUGUUCAAGUCCCAGUGUAGAUUGGUAUCCAUGUCUAGACAUUAGAAUCAUUUUUGUCAGAUAAACCUAUAUUAAAGUAUUGAAUACAUAUUUUUGGACCAUUCCUUUAUUCAUUGGUUGGUGUUCGGGUU